AUGCGUUCUUCUCUCGUUAUGCUCGCCGGUCUGGCGGGCGCGGCUCUCGCCUACCCUACCGAUAAGGCCGUGGAGCCCCGUACCCUGGGUCUCCUCGGUGAGAUCCUCGGCGACAUCACUGUCGACGUGACCUCCAUCCUCAGUGCCGUCCUCGGCGGCCACUCCCACUCCUCUGUUGACCUUCUUGCUGGUCUGAGCGCUGAAGGUGCUGCCGCCCUCUCGGGUGGUGCUCUUGGCUGCAAGUCCGGCGUCAUCCACCACAAGGCCAAGGCCGCCCUCAAGCUUUGGUUGCUCUUCCACGCCGACCUUGACCUCUCCCUCAAGAAGUCACUGAUCUCCUGGUGUGAGGGUAACGACGAGCUCGUUCUCUCCGAAGAUGUCCUGGCUGCUCUGUCCGUGUACAUUCCCGGAUGUGCCGAUAUCGCUGCCCAGGGUCAGCUUUACGUGACCAUUGACGGUAUCUUUGACGCUGCUAGCCUCGAGUCCGCCCUCGUCCUGAGUGCUAGUGCCCAAGCUUCCCUUGCCGCUUGGAUUGAGGCUAAGCUUGAUCUUGAUGUCGGUGUCAAGGUCGGUCUGAAUGUCUGCGCCGCUGGCGGUGUUGUUGGCAGUCUGGCCGCUGAUAUCAAGGCCUCCCUCCUCGCCUGGAUCAACAGCAAGGAGUGUGACCUCAGCGCUCACCUCAAGGUCACCGUUCUUGCCUGGAUCAACGGCCACGCCGGUGGCGACCUUGUUGAGAUUGGUGCUCUCGCUGAGACUGCUCUCUCUACCAUCUCCGUUGGUGCUUCCAUCGGUGUGCACGUUCUGGAGUCCGGUCUUCUGUCUCUUGGUGGCCAGGCCUCUCUCGCCGCCUUCCUCGGCGUUGAUCUCGCUGCUGGUCUCUCUACUGAUGUCAAGCUCGCUCUCGAGGCAUGCGCCAAGGGUGAGCUCGCCACCGCCGUGGAACUUGACAUCCGCACCCAGCUCGCUAUCUGGCUCCACAGCUCUGACUGCUCUCUGGGCGUUGAGCUCAAGGCUGUCGUCCUUCUUUGGCUGUCCUUCGCUGUCGAGGCUGAUGUCUCCGCUUCCCUCGACCUGGUCGGUGGCCUCGUCACCGAUGUCACCGGUCUCCUGACCGAGACCGUCAGCGGUCUCAGCGUUGACCUCCGUGGUGCCCUUUCCCUCUGCGCUGCCGGCGGUAGCUUGGUUGACCUGAGCUUCGCUGCCCGUGCUGAGCUCGCUGCUUUCCUCAGUGGCUGCACUUCCAUUGAUAUCGAUGUCACCAUCCAGAUCAUCAUCAUCCAGUGGUUCACUGGCUGCAGCAUCCCCGGUGCUCCCUCCGUCCCCGCCUCGUCUUCCGUUCCCAGCCUGCCCUCCAGCACCCCCUACCUGCCCGGUACCUCCGCUGUGCCUUCCGGUCCCAGUGCCUCCGUCUCCGUCUCUGUCCCCGCUGGCACCCCCGCUGUGCCUUCCGGUCCCGGUGCCUCUGUUUCCGUCUCUGUUCCCGCCGGUACCCCCGUCCCCAGCGGCCCCGCCGCCAGCACUACCCCCUGUGAUACCGAGACCUCUGAGAUUGUCAGCUCUACUGUGAUCCCCGGUGGCCCCAACGGUUCCGGCUCUGUCACUGUUCCUGCUGUUCCCACCGGUACCGCCCCUGCUGAGACCCCCUCCGGCCCUGCUGGCACCACCGAUGUCCCCGUUCCCUCCGGCCCUGCUGCUAGCACCACCCCCUGUGACACCGAGACCUCCGAGAUUGUCAGCUCCACUGUGAUCCCCGGUGGCCCCAACGAGUCCGGCUCCCAGACCGUUACCAUCCCUGCUGUCCCUACCGGCACUGCCCCCGCUGAGACUCCCACCGGCGUUUCUCCCACCGGUACUCCUGUCGCUAGCGUUCCCGGUGCUAGCACCACCCCCUGUGACACCGAGACCUCUGAGAUUGUUAGCUCUACUGUGAUCCCCGGUGGCCCCAACGAGUCCGGCUCCCAGACCGUUACCGUCCCUGCUGUCCCUACCGGCACUGCCCCUGCUGAGACUCCCACCGGCGUUUCUCCUACCGGCACUCCUGUCGUGACUGGCCCCGCUGCCAGCACCACCCCCUGUGACACCGAGACCUCUGAGAUUGUCAGCUCCACAGUGAUCCCCGGUGGCCCCAACGAGUCCGGCUCCCAGACCGUUACCGUCCCUGCCGUGCCUACCGGCACUGCUCCUGCCGAGACUCCCUCCGGCGUUGCUCCCACCGGCACUCCUGUCGCUACCGGGCCCGCUCCUUCCGGCCCUGCUGCCACCACCGAUGUGCCCGUUCCCUCCGGCCCUGCUGCCUCCACUCCCUGCGACACUGAGACUUCCGCGGUCGUCACCUCGACCGUGAUCCCCGGUGGCCCUAUUCCCUCCGGCCCUGCUGCCACCACCGACGUGCCCGUUCCCUCCGGUCCCGCUGCCUCCACUCCCUGCGACACUGAGACCUCCGCGGUCGUCACCUCGACUGUCAUCCCCGGUGGCCCUGCUCCCUCCGGCCCUGCCCCUACCAGCGCUCCCAGCGCCCCCUCCGGCGGUGACGUCGUCACUAUCACCAAGACUGUGACUGCCACCGUCUGCGGCUGCGAGUAA